AUGCCUUCUGCUGUUUCCGAUGACGAGUCCGACAUCGAUAUUCCAGAUGCCAUACCAGCGAAGAAGACAACCAAGGCCGACCCAGUGGCAGAGGAGGAGGAUGAUGAUGCUGAAGAAGAGGGCGAGGACGAAUAUGUCGUUGAGAAGAUCCUCAAGCACAAGUUCGUGAGAGGUCAAACACACUACCAAGUCAAGUGGUUCGGCUACGACAACGAUGAGGAUCUCACAUGGGAGCCCAAGGAAAACCUCGAGACUGCGCCAGAGAUCUUAGAGGCGUAUCACCAGAAAGUUGGCGGCACCCCCGAGCCUCCGAACAAGAAAGGAGGACCAGCAGGCAAGAGAAAGUCUGAAGCAUUGGACUCGCCUGCACCGAAGAAGGGUCGGAAAAGUCAGACCAACGGCUCCGCAGAAUGGGAACCGCCACUUGGUUCAUGGGAAGACCACGUUACGCGUGUUGCUGCAAUCGUCGAAGAUGACGUUGAGCCCGGCGUGAUCAAAAAAGGCAAAACCGAGCCCAAGGACUUGAGCGGUCUCCUGGAGUGGGACAAUGGUCGCAAAACUCAGCACAAUAUGCAGCUCUUGAGGACAAAAUGCCCUCAACGACUGCUCGAUUACUACGAGUCUCAUCUACUAGAGCCCAAGCUGGAGCAAUUGGCUGACUUGGAUUUUUAG